GGCAAUUUGCAGAAAAAUGCAGAAUGAUUACUGUCCACCGGCCAAAAGAUCUAAGAAGGAGUCCGCUGCCUUGAGUGUUGCCUCUCCAUCUCCAGCAGGAUCCGCGGAUAAAACAGUUAGCAAGAGUGGCGACUACAAGAACUCCAGCAGCAGCAUUCUAGGCAGAACCCAACAAUCUAAAGAUGGCAAACGAAGAAGCUUUAUCUUACCUGUUGAGGCAAAAGAAUUAUCAGAUGUGGUAAACAAAUCUUCAACCUCAAGCCGAGAUGACUUCAGCGAAAUUUCCUCAGCAUUGUUUUCUGAAAACUCUGAUGUCAAACUUUAUGCAAAGGUCCCAGCACUGCAAAUAAUCCCGACUUUCGUACCUUUACCAACUAACGUGCUGCCAGUCAGCACUGAUGCCCCAAACAUGAGGCUCUCACAGAAGUCUGAACACGAUCGGUUUACGACGCUCAAUUUAUUGCGGCCUGUGGAGUACUCAGCAGAUGCGAACACAUUGCCCUACAUGACUCCCUUGCCUUCCACCUACCCGAUGUUGACAUGUAGGAAUGCAGUUCUUCCCCAUCAUCCAACAACAUAUUUUAACUUUUCUUGGAGUUCCAUAAAAAAGAACGAUAGCCUGAGCGCUUACCAUAGAGCAAUUUUUACGCGUGCAAAGACGCCGUAUGUGCCUGCAUCGCAGAUAUUAUGCCCAACAACCAUCACACCAAAGUUGGCUCCCAUCUACUGUCCAACAAUGUCUGUCAGCAAAGCUCAGCUUCUCAACAAUCAACAUUUGGAACCAGUUGACGAUAAGGUUUAUCAAGGCAGAUCAUGGCAAGAUUUGGCGGUUGUGGACUCGUCAACUCGCGAAUGCAAUGAAUGGUCGAUUUACAGUAUUCCUCUGCCCACACAAUUACAUGUAAAGUGUCACUGUUUUCCAAACACUUGA